GAUUCCACCUGAUAGCUUAUCGCUAAUUUGCCAAUCAGACUUAGCUGACUCUGAGUCAGAAGAAGAAUUUAGUGACGCCAAGUCAGAAGCUUCGGUACAAUUCAGUCUUAAAAGAAGUACUUCACUUCCAUCCUUUAAAGAUCUGCUAACAAUAUCCGACGAGCCGUCAACAGCUACCAGUUCACCAAAUAUUUCUAAAUUUUUUCAAGAAUUUUUAGACAUAGCUACCCCUGAACAGAAAAAAUCGUUUAUUAGUCUUUGUGCCUCAAUCAUUAGGGAAAAUUACAAUGGAGAUCCGCUAGCACUUGAAUCGUUUAUAGACAAAAUUAAUUUAAUUGAAGAUUUUGCGGAUGAAAACUUAAAUACGACUUUUAUAUCAUUUUUGAAAUCGAAACUCGAAGGCAAGGCACGUGAAGCAAUUCCAACAGAAGUUAGUUCAGUUGGGCAAAUAAAAGAUGCGUUGAGAAAUAGAAUAAAGCCAGACAACUCGAAAGUUGUAGCUGGGAAAAUAGCAUCUUUGCAUGUCAUAAACAACAAUUAUACGGAAUUUGCUAAGCGUGUCGAGGAGCUUUCGGAUGCUUUAGAGCGCUCUUUGAUCAUUGAAGGUAUGACACAGUCUAAGGCUCAUGAAAUGGCAGUCGAGCAAACAGUAAACGUUUGUAGACUCAAUACUCGGUCGGAUUUGGUCAAAUCAAUUUUAUCGUCAACUACCUUCAGUGAUUCAAAGGACGUAGUGGCAAAAAUGAUAGUCGAACAAAAUAAUCAAGUGAAAGAGCGCCAAGUGUACAAUAAUAACGCUGAUAACAGUAGGUACAGCAAUAACGGUUCAAGGCAUAACGGUAACAAUUUCAACAAUAAUAGGAAUCGGUCAUCAAACAACAAUCGAAACAAUAACAGCAACAAUAAUAGUAAUAGACGUCCAAAUUCACGCAGUAAUGCUAAUGUGCGCGCUUUAAACGCCCACGCCCCUCAGGAGCGAACACUGAGGGCGGAAGAAAUGGACAACUAA